AUGUCCACGCCUACUAUCGUGUUCGUUCCAGGUGCCUGGCACACACCAGGCUGUUUUGACGUCACCCGCGAACAACUGCACCAGCGCGGAUGGGAAACUGAAGCUGUGGCACACCCGUCCGUAGGAGCGGAGCCUCCCAAGAAAGGCCUUGCGGACGACGCAGUGGCGCUGCGCUCCACCUUGGAAGGGCUUGCUGAUGAUGGCAAAGAUAUCGUCCUGGUCGUGCACUCAUACGGAGGUCUGGUCGGACAAAAUGCACUCGAGGGGUUGGGCUACAACCAGCGGCAGGCAGUGGGUAAAAAGGGCGGUGUCAUCAUCUUGGUUUACCUUGCUGCUUUCGUUGCCUCGAAGGGAGCAACUGUCCAGGCCAUGCUUGGCGGUCAAUUCUUACCCUGGAUACAAUUCGAUGGUGACUACUGUUACGCCACUACGCCCGAGAUAGUCUUCUACCACGAUGUAGAUGAUGGGCCACGACGGAGCGCCAUUGAAAGACUCAAGCGCCAAUCCGCGCGCAUUUUCACCGAUGAAGUCACCUAUGAGCCGUGGCAUGAGAUCCUGUCCAUGUACUUCUUCUGUGAGAACGACAAAGCACUUCCGCUGCCUAUACAACAGCAGAUGGCACAGACGCUAGGCCAAGAUGCGCCGACUUUUAAAUCAGUUGGGUCACAUUCGCCUUUUCUAAGCCAGCCCCAGGAAGUCAUUGAAGGUCUGGAGUAUGCGGCCCAGCUUGGCCAAAGCAAUAAACAGAACUGA